UCCUUCGGUGACGACCGGCAAAAAUGAUCCGCCCAUAGGCUCAAAACAUUGGCGUGCGAUUGUACCAACCACAGUGAGUAGAUGUGGCCAACUACAAUCCAAAAUCUUGGUGCACACAAAUACAACGAAAAUUAAAAAUAACACUUUAUUAGAGUUCGUAUCAAACAUAGCUACAAAUAACAUGAUUUCAAUUAGUGAAAGGUCACGCUGCGAAAAUAAAGCAAGUCCUAGUACGUGUAUUGUUGGUUGCCUGCACACCAAGUGACAUAACCUAAAAAUUUCCAACCCCAAAAUGACAAGGGUUUUGCGAAGUUUUGUUUGUGUUCGUAAUCUAAGCGCUAGAAUUAACCGCCGAAAUUUUACCUAUUUUAAUAGUGUUGGUGCGCAAACUUUGUUUAGGACCAGAAAUCUGUGUGUGUCCAGGCCGAUUGAACUUUCUAGGUUAUGUCUAUGUGUGACAAGGUUUUCAACUUCUGGUGAUUUAGUGGAUGCUUUAACGUUCGAAAAAGCGUGCGACGAAACGUUGGAGUCUUUGACGGAAUAUUUUGAACAAAUUGUAGAGGAAGAUGAUAGUUUCAAGUCGGGGGAUGUUUCAUACAGUGAUGGAGUUUUGACUGUUAAUUUGGGGCCACGGCAUGGGACUUACGUGAUCAAUAGACAAACCCCGAAUAGGCAAAUAUGGUUGAGUUCUCCUAUUUCUGGACCAAAGAGGUACGAUUUUGUCGUGAAAGAUAAUUGUUGGGUGUACAAACACGAUGGACUGAGUUUGCAUGGAUUGUUACAACAGGAGAUUUCAAAAAUAGCCAACUUUAGAGUAAAUUUCGCAGACUGUUUAUAUGGAAAGUUGUAGGAGGAGUAAAUAAAGUGUUAAAUAGAUACAUUAA